CCAUUGCAAGAGACCAACAGCAGCUUCCCAACCCUGGAGAAGGCCUAGAGACAUUCAUUUUGUUACUUCUGCUGCUACCAUUUUAGAAAAUUCAGAUGGAUCGCUUUGGAUUUCUUCCACCUCAAUGCCUCAUGGAUUUGCCUUGGUUGAGUUGAAGGCACUGGGAGUGGCACACACAAGGUGGCAGUUUACUAAACUCUACAGAUUAACGCUGCGAUUUUCCAGAUGAGGAAUCUGAGAUCCAAAAAGUGAAACCAACUUGAGCAGGCUCACCUCCAACAUGCAGGUUCCUGCCAUGCUGUCUCUGCUACUUGUGUCUGUGGGCCUCUCAGAUGCCCUUCAGGGUGACAGGGGUCCAUCGUCUCUCUCUCAGGUGCAGAGGCACUCCAUCACACGACGAGACAUUUUCCCUCAAGAAACCCUCCUGGACAUGGCCCUGGCCUCCUUCGAUGACCAGUACUCAGGCUGUGCGGCAGCCAUGACAGCUGCCCUCCCAGAACUCAACCACACGGAGUUCCAGGCCAACAAAGUCUAUGCAGAGGGCUGGGCACUGGCCAGCAGCCAGUGGCAGGAGCACCAGGCCUGGGAGCCAGAGUGGGGCUUGAGCACUACCCGGCCGCCACCGCCACCCCCCGGCUUCCGGGAUGAGCAUGGGGUGGCGCUCCUGGCCUACACUGCCAACAGCCCUCUGCACAAGGAGUUCAAUGCCGCUGUGCGAGAGGCCGGCCGCUCCCGGGCCCAGUACCUCCAGCACUUCUCCUUCAAGACGCUCCAUUUCCUGCUCACAGAGGCCCUGCAGCUGCUGGGGACAGGCCAACGUCCGCCCCGGUGCCACCAGGUGUACCGAGGGGUGCACGGCCUGCGUUUCCGGCCUGUAGGGCCUGGGGCCACAGUAAGGCUGGGGGGCUUCACCUCUGCGUCCCUGAAGAAUGUCGCAGCCCAGCAGUUUGGAGAGGACACCUUCUUUGGCAUCUGGACCUGCUUAGGGGCUCCUAUCAGAGGUUACUCCUUCUUCCCUGGAGAGGAGGAGGUGCUGAUCCCUCCCUUUGAGACCUUCCAGGUGAUCAAUGCCAGCCGACCAGCCCAGGGGCCUGCCCACAUCUACCUCCGGGCCCUGGGCAAGCGCAGCAUGUACAACUGUGAGUACAUCAAAGACAAGAAGUGCAAGUCUGGGCCCUGCCGUCUGGAUGGCUCAGCCACGUGUCAGGGCUCCCUCUUCACAGUCUGGUCCCUGCUGCUGUUGCUGUGGUUCCUGGAGGCCCUUCCAGCAAGUCCAGACCUGCUCUGACCCACCAGACACUGAGCAGCCCCGCCUGUGCCUCCGCCAACCGCCAACAGGAGAUGUUGGCCACGAGUGUGCUCCAAGCGUUCUCAAGCUGCCUGGUAAACCCAUCUGCAGCUGCCAGACCUCUGGUGGAGGCACAGGAGUCUGGGGACCGAACCUUGGGCUCCAGGAGUGAGGCUCUUGCUAGAGGUAGGAGGACUCCAGGACAGACGGGCACUCACUUGGAGACAGAAGGAAUU